AUGUCCCCUGCGACGGCCUCCUUCCCCCCAAAUGAUCCAUUCCCCAUCCCGUGGCUCCUCGAGCUCCCCGAGGAUGCCGUCUAUUCUCUGCGCAAACACGACCUUCGCAAGGCCUUCCUGACCCUCCGCGAAUAUGCUCUCAACCCGUACCCAUUGACCGACAAUCCCUCCCCCUCGGCCCCCGCCAAUCCUCCCCCCAAUCCCUCGAGUUCAGCAGAUCUCCCGUUGUUCUUGCGCCUGCCACUCGAGAUCCGAGAGAUGAUCUAUCGCCAUCUUCUUGCUCCCCCUUCACCCAGCCCAAUCCGUGGUCCCCAUCCCCGCCAACUGCAGACCAAUAUCUGCUUGUCGCAGUCCUUCCCUCCCAGCCUCCUCCUCCUGAACCACCAGAUCCGCCACGAGGCCCUCCCGUUAAUCUAUGGCUCGCCCACCCAGACCGUGUACAUAACCGUCGACUAUAAUGUAUGGGUCCACAAGACUCGCCGUUCAGACCUGAUCCUCUCCUCGGCCCUCACAUCCGCCAUUAAACACCUCCAUCUGUCCAUCCACCUUGGUUCCGAGAAGCGGAACAAUAAACCAGGCGAUAUCGAGGCCGACGCCAGAAUCAUGGAGGUGAAGAAGGGCGUCAAGAAAUUAAGAAAAUGGUUGGCGGGGGCCGACAUUCAGAGUCUGAAAAUCAGUUGGCAGGAACCGCCCCAGACGUACACGUGGGAGCAGAAAAGAGAUGUCUUGGAUGGGCUGAAGGGCAUGAGGGCGUUGAAGGUAGAUGCAGGCCAAAUAAACUGGGGCUUGAAUUGGAACAAGGGGAGGAAGUUUAGAUUUGAUGUUGAGUAUUUCAGGGAGCUGGAAAGGGGGCGUCAAGAGGCCGCCGGGUCAGAUGCUUUGACGCUGACCAAGUGA